GAACAGGAGAACACAGAGGAGAUGGAGCCCAGAGAAACUUUAUCCGAAUCCAGAUCAGCUGGGAGCCCAGAGCCGAAGCUGCAGAAGCAGCUACAAAUACACUUGUACCGUCUGCCUGAUUGGGUCCUGAAGUCUGGCGCUCAGUCUGUGCGGUGGCAGUCGUUGGAUCAGUCUGUUGUCCAAUCCCAUCCAGCACUGUCCCAGCUUCUAACACAGCCUGCCAUUUCACAGCGUUCACGCCACGUCACAAACUCCCUCCUUUCACCGCAUCCCGUUACAGACUCUCCACAGAAGUCUUCAGCGUUACGAAUGCAGCAUGUGCAGUCGAUGUCGUGUUUGCAUGAGUCUGUGCCAUCAGCACCUCAACAGGAUCCAAAGUCCAAACCGCACGCAGCUCGGACAACGGUUUCCUCGCAGAUUCGCUCGCAAGGAUCUGAGGUGAAGCGCCCAGACACUCGGCUGGAGAAUGACACAAAACAAACUGUCUGCAAAGUUGGGCCAGAACCCUGCUCGACUUUUAGCUCAGGCACAAAGGAGCGUGUCCAGGAGGAGCUGAAGGAGCCGCCUGACGAGGACGACAAGGACUCAUCUGUUAAAGGGACAGUGCUGAGCUGUCCAAGAACUGACCCACAAUAUGUCCUUCGUUCUCAGAAUCCUGCUGAAUGUGCAUCACUGAACACAACAACAGGGAUAACUAAUGGAUUUCCCCAAAGGGGCCUGUUGCAGAGCAAGCACAAGAUCCGUGUAGACUUCAAGGAAGACUGUGCAGUCAAGAACGUCUGGUUAAUGGGCGGCCUCAGCAUUCUCAGCUCAGUCCCGUCGACUCCUCUGCCCGUCUGUCUCCUGUGUGCCAGUAAAGGAAAACAUGAGAUGAUUUUCUGCCAGAUCUGCUGUGAGCCUUUCCACGUUUUCUGCCUCCCACUUGAGGAUCGCCCCCUGGAGGAGUCCAAGGAGAACUGGUGCUGCAGGCGCUGCAAAUUCUGUAACGUGUGCGGCCGUAGAAACAAGAGCUCCAAGCCUGUGUUACAAUGCAGAAGAUGCCAGACAUCUUAUCAUCCUUCCUGCCUGGGACCAACAUAUCCAAAGCCCAUGAACUGCUCCAUUCCCUGGGUGUGCAUGACGUGCAUUCGUUGUAAGAGCUGCGGGGUGACUCCUGGAAAAACCUGGGGCAUGACCUGGAACCACGAGCAAGACCUCUGUCCGGACUGCACCGCUCUCCACAAGAAAGGUCAUUUCUGUACCGUCUGCCACAAGUGCUAUGAAGAGAGCAGCCAACCCCCUGAGAUGAUUCAGUGCUCAAAGUGCAGCCACUUGAUUCAUUACAGUUGUGAAGAACUUUCAGAAGAGCUUUUGGGGCUUCUGAAUCUUCCAGACAACGUGGAUUUUAUGUGUACCCCAUGUCGACAGCAGCACACGGAACAAAGCAGCUUGAAGAAGCGUCUGCAGAGUAAACUGACAGCCGGGCUGGAGGAAGUGCUCGCUGACCUCCUCUCCUCCAGCAGCACUCAGCACCUCCUGCUCUGUAAAGAGUGUCAGGAAACAAACACGACUCCAGAUGUUCAGGAACAGCAACAUGUCUGCGAUCUAACAGCUGUGGAGAAGAAAUUUAAAGGCGCUCGCUACACCUCAAUAAAAGCUUUUUAUUUGGAUGUUGCUGCUGUGAUGAGAAAAUGGCUGAAAGAAGAGGAACUCCUCCCUGAAGAGCAGAGACUGACCGUACAGUCCAGAGCGCACUAUGUCCAAGUGAUGAAGCAGGUUUUCAGUUGGCUUCCUGCAUGCCAUCUCAAAAAGUGGAACUCGUUCUCUGAAGAGUUCCCAAAUGGUAUGCUCCCAGAGGCAGUCCUCCCACCUUCUAAGGAGCACAGUUACGCACAGUGGAUGGAGAGGACAUACCAGUCCAGAGAGUCCAGAGGUCCUCAGACUCACACUGACUGUAAGCCGUCUUCAAUCCUCACGCAGGAAUCUGGUGCACCGCUCAACGCCUCUGUUUAUGCACAAGAAUCCAUUAAGUCUGAAGAUGUGAGGCAGUGUGUCCUGUGCCAGCAAUAUGGAGACGCAGCUUCCAGUGAGGCGGGGCGGCUGCUGUAUUUGGGACAGAACGACUGGGCUCAUAUCAACUGCUGCCUGUGGUCUGCAGAGGUCUUUGAGCAGGAUGGUGCUCUAUUGCAAGUGCACAGUGCUGUCUCAAGGGGGCGCUAUCUGCGUUGUGAUCGUUGUGGGCAAUCAGGAGCCACUGUUGGCUGCUACCUCGCUAACUGCCAGAGCAAUUUUCACUUUAUGUGCGCUCGAGCCAAUAGGUGUGUUUUCCAGCAGGACAGAAAGGUGUACUGCUACGCACACAAGGAUCUCCUCAGCUCAAAGAUGGUGUCGGGGAAAGGGUUUGAAGUGCCUCGCCGGGUGUUUGUGGACUUUGAAGGGAUCAAUCUCAGAAGGAAGUUUCUUACCGGCAUUGAGCCUGAAAGCAUAAAUAUGACAAUCGGUUCUCUGCAGAUUCAGAAACUUGGUGUGUUGUCAGAGUUGUCUGCAGUCGGGAGGAUGUUGUAUCCUGUUGGUUAUCAAUGCUCUCGGUUGUAUUGGAGUACACUGGACCCCCGGAGACGCUGUAAAUACACCUGCAAAGUGACAGAAGUGAGCUCUCCUCUACCCGGUGAAGAACAAGAUCUGAGGUGGGACAAAGAAGAAAACCACACCAUAGUCCACAGCCCAAACCACCACAGAGGAGAGCCGGAUCUCACAGAUUUGGAGUCUCCAGAUUGUUUAAGCUCGUCUUCCAGUCCAGUAAAGUCCGCGACCCCAUCACCCAACUCUAAAAUACACAACACACCUGGUUCUAAAAGUCCUGGUUACAACCAGACCAGGAGACCUGCAGGAGGAUCAUCACGUCCUCUCCCAUCUCCAGGGUCUGCUCAUCACAAAUCUCAUCACAUCCUGACUCUGAGGGACCUCGACGACCCCCGUCGCCCCCGCAGGCUCUCAUCGAGACGACGCUGCAGCUCCUCGCCAACCGAGAGCAACUCGUCUGUACCAACGAGCCUUCGCUCCGUAAACCCCAGAGCCGCCCUGUUCGGUUCCCAUCCAAGGUCUUCAACCGUCGGCUCCGCCUCCCCUCCGCUCUCACGACAGAACUCAUCGUCUCCGGUUUGGAACUCUCCUCCCAAAUCAAACGCCAGCGUUUCUCCAGCACUUUCGCCUCGCCAAGGGGCGGCCUCUCACUCCCCCAGAGGAAUGCAGAACUUCAAAAUCACAACCCUGGUGUCGGCAGAGGUUCCCCAAGACUUCCUGGCGUCGUCCGAGGCAGAGGAUGCAGCUGUGGCCACAACAAAUGGGAUCUCUCUUGCUCCUGGUAACCUGGAGGAGGAAGUAGCCCAGCUGAUGUCCCAGGAGCUACCUUACACGGUAUUCGACACGGACGUAGCAGUGGCCUCCAUACUGAACACUAAACUGGAGUUUGACGAGGCUCUUCUUGCCGAGAAUGUGACUCUUAACGCMAAAGCAGAGGUGGAAAGUGGAGCGCAGAAUGACAAUCAGGAGAAGGACUCUGGUGACGAAGACUCGAGUCGUUACGUCAGAUUUACCCGUACGGUUGUGAGUAAUGCCACAGGUAGCGCCGACACCUCCAGUCAGCUUCCUUCUGCACCUUCAAUCUCACAGUUGGAUGGAGCGGACAGCGGGUCAGAGAGUGAGGAUGCUGAGGUGCUCGAGGAAGAAACCAAGGUUCCCACCGUUUACGAAACACCCACAAAACGUCUAACAGUUAAUCUAACCAGGCUGGAGCCAACUUACACUUUGUCAAUGCCGAACACCGAGCACCCAGUAAUCGAACCAGCCUGCCAGGAAACCCCACCCUCACCUGUAUUUCUGGAGUCGAGUUGCAUCAACAAUGACUUGUCGUUACAAGAAGAGGAGGUCCCGAUGACCUCAGACACGUCGACAUCUCAGAACAAAAUGCUUCUGGAUUCAGAGACMGGUCAUUUUGUUUCUUCCGCAGCCGACUCCAUCGUAACCUCAAACCGCAGUAACGUUAUAAACCUCGAUGAAAGUUCCUCGUCCUCCGACUUGUCUUUAGGUUAUAAAGAUGAUUUGCGUGAUGCUGAUUUUCGACCAGAGACUGAACGGCCAAUGAUGAAGAAGACUAUUUUAGUGAAGAAAAAACCGUGUACACCAAACCUGAAGCUUCUGUUCCCGAAACAGAAUCUCCUGCAACACCCAAAAGUCAACGUCUUGGCCUCUCGGCCCGCACAGACCAUCAGAAUUGUUCCCCAGACCCGUGCUACUUUCUGCACAGUCCCACGUCCGGUCUCCUCCCCCAUCAUCAUCAAUGGUUUAAGUACUUUACCCAUUCAACCCGUGCAGGGCAGAACCAUUGCAAUCCGCCUGGACAGCCCCAAGCCCGAGCAGCAGAAGCAGGUGGUUCCGAAUCAGGCCGAGGCUCCGGGUUUGCCCACUCCUCAGACUCCUCCUGUCCGUCAGGUCCUGCUAGUCAACCGUCAGGGUCAGAUUCUUGUCAAAGACCCACGAACAAACACGUUUCAGACACUUUCUGCAAACUCGCCGACUUACAAUAAGAUAAGUCAAAUUGCUAAAAUCCUCCACGGUGGGACCGCUUUGAGUCAGUCUGUUCCUCGUGUCGUAACGAAGCCUCAGCCCAGCCCAUCUGACGCAAACAACCUCCCUGCCAGCAACCACACCACGACGGAGAAGAAAAUCAUUCUCAGAGUGUUACCUGUGAAAAGCCCCCUAGCCCCGGUCACUAUAGAAAGUCUUCCUCAGCCGACUCUUUCCAACGUUCAACAAAGCACAGCUCAAGCUAUUAUCAYCAAAGCAAUGGCCACUCACAGUGACGCACCGAGGCCAAAACCCAUCAUCCUAAGCAACGCUGGCCGCCUAAAGGCCAGACAUCGAAGACCGUCGCAGGUUCCAGACACGGAUGACUCAGAUCAGUCAUCCAUGGAACGCUCAGAGACCCCCAGUAUUCCCCGCAGGGGACCAAGACGACACCAAGUUCGAGUAAAGAGAGUAUCCUCCGUGUCUGAAAGGGCCUCCAGGAAAAAAUCCAAAACUGACGUCCUAAUAGAUCUCUCAAAUGAACCAGAAGAAGUUCAGCAAACCAGGACAAGUCGUGUUCGAAUGAAAGCUCCAACGAUAAAUGAUGUCCUUGAUCUGACUCAGGAGGACAAGUCUGAACCCGAAUCAGAGAAGAUCGCAGCUUCACCACUUCAUACACCCACUACACCUCCUACGCCUCUUACACCUCCUAUACCAUGCAGAUAUCCUCGGGCUCAGAGUCCUCUUUCAUUUCCACAAACCAGGUCUCAUCCUGAGGCUAAAACAGACACGUGGGUCAGCGCUCAACACGGAGACCUGUCCGAGUGGGGCCCCUAUACAGGUUUUAGCUCAGAAGAAGAUAGUUUGGCACUGAAGCACAGGAAGAAGACACAUAUGAAUCAGCCUCACCUGCGAUUUGAAAUCACCAGCGAGGAUGGCUUUAGCGUUAAAGCUAACAGCAUAGAAGUUGCCUGGCGUGCCGUGAUCGACAGCGUCCUCGAAGCCCGAGCAGACUUCCACCUGAAGCAGCUUCCCCUGGGCCUGAUGAGCGGCCCACGGGUGCUCGGCGUCGUCCACGAUGCCGUCAUCUUCCUGCUGGAGCAGCUGGAGGGCGCCGCCAACUGCAAACAGCACCGCUUCCGUUUCCACCGCUGCGACCUGGUUGAGGAGGAGCUGCCUCUCAACCCGAGCGGCUGUGCGCGAGCUGAAGUCUACACCCGAAAAGCAACAUUUGACAUGUUCAACUUCCUGGCAUCACAACACAGAGCGCUCCCUGAUUUUGUAGGUCCCUUCGAUGAAGACGAUGAUGAAUUUCCCCUAAAAGCCUCUAGGCGAGCCACCAGCUCUGAGCUCCCCAUGGCGAUGAGGUUCAGACACCUGGAAAAGAUCUCAAAAGAAGCAGUGGGAGUUUACAGAUCUCCAAUUCAUGGUCGGGGACUUUUCUGUAAAAGGAAUAUUGAAGCUGGAGAGAUGGUGAUCGAAUACGCCGGCACGGUCAUUCGAGCUGUUCUGACCGAUAAACGGGAGAAAUAUUAUGAUGGCAAGGGCAUCGGCUGCUACAUGUUCCGCAUCGACGACUUCGACGUGGUGGACGCGACGAUGCAAGGCAACGCAGCUCGUUUCAUCAACCACUCCUGCGAGCCCAACUGCUACUCCCGCGUCAUCAACGUGGACGGCCGCAAGCACAUCGUCAUCUUCGCCCUGAGGAAGAUCUACCGGGGCGAGGAGCUCACCUACGACUACAAGUUCCCAAUCGAGGACGACGACAACAAGCUGCGCUGCAACUGCGGGGCGAGGCGGUGUCGGCGCUACCUUAACUAGUGUUGUUCCGAAGGAGGAUGCGGCGURGAAGCCAUAAGAACUGAAACAAGGAGUCGGGGGGAGAGAAAAAAAAGAGCCAUAGUUGUGAAGAAGUCGAUGAUUUCAAAGUGCUGGGUAGUUGUAGUGCUUUCUUUAGGUCUUGUGUACUGUUUUGUCAUUUCUCGCCACACUCUUAGGCAUCAGUGACCUGCGGGUCUGGAGCGGUUAUUACCCACAGCUACAAACGGUGAGCAGAGGCUGAUUGCAGUCAUUACUUUGUAAAGAGGAAUUCACUCCUGUGCUGCAGACGGUGCGUUUCUGUAAACAGGAGAUCAAAGAGGACAGAGAGUUUUUUUGUUGUUGUUUUUUUUCAGCACCUUACUUUGACACAGCCUUCUGGCAGCAUCGGCGUCGCAGCAGGCAGGUCACGUUUUCAUUUCCACACAAAGUAAACACAUUACAGUCGAAGCACCCAGAGCAGCUACAUUUUAACUUCACUCUGGUGAGCAGCGACUUGGGAUGUUUUAGUUGCUGGUGAUGUUUAUCCCCCCAAAAAAGUUAGGUUUUAUUAGUCAUCCCGUUUUUCCCCAACCCGGUCAGAUUAAACUUUCUGUGUUUAUUUGUGAUGAUCUGAAUGUUUUUAUCCCGCUGUUAUAUUCUGUUCUGUAGUCGUUACUUUGUGCGUUUUUUUAAAGCUCAUGAGGGAGAAUUUUUCGGACAUUUUGCUCUGCAGUCCCUGAAAAGUUUUUGUAUAUUUGAACAAUAAAUGUCUAUUUCACACACUGAUAGAAAUGUGUUUGAGCUUUUCACCUGCAAUUUAUUAAUGAAGGCUGAUUUACAGAAAUGAAGCGAUUCCUUUGCUCUUGUUCUUGGUUGUCUCAGGUGUGCUACCUCAAAAGUGUUAUAAAGCAAGUUUUUAUUUAAUCGCACAUUUAAAAAUAACCCACUGUCUCAUGGAAACUUUCAAUUAUUACACUUUGUUAAUACAAAAAUAAGUAAAAUACAUACUAAUAAUGGUUGAAUAUUCUUGUAAGACCAGACAAUGUUUUUUCUGGUGAAUAAUUCUCGUUUAGAAACCACAUUAAGCUACUGGUUGUAAAUGAGUGGUGUGGGGGAGGGGGUCAUUUUAAUGAAAUAAUUAAAUUUCACAUGCAAAUUUGUUACCUUAAAAGCUCGUUAUGGAUUCCUGCCUGUAAAUAGUUGUAUAAAAAAUUUCUAAAACCUGUUACAUAUUUUUUUACCUUUUACCUUUUUUUAAUUUAUGUUCAAUAAAAGUUUGUUCAAAGUUGA